CAUCCAAAGAUGCUGCGCCUACUGAUCGUUCUGGUAUUUUGCAUCCUGGGCUGCCAGGCAGCCUGCAAUACGUGCAACACCAAUGGCGUGUCCUGCAUAUCGGAAACGGAGUUCCAGUUCUGCUCCUCCGCCAGCGAACCCAUCGGAUCCUUGUACACCUGCCCCACCGGAUACUAUUGCACGGAGAGCACGCCCAUUUGCAGCUCGGUGGCAUCUUCGGCAGGUUGCGCAGGAUGCAAUAAGUGCAGCACGGAUAAUCGUUUUGCUUGCACCGGUCGGAAUAGCUUUGCGCUGUGCCUAGGUAGUUCUACACCCAGCACAUCGAUUGGCGGAAGUUGUGGCACUGAUUACGUAUGCAACGUGGAAAAUUCCAAUAUCUGCGGUAGUCCCACCACAUACGCAGUAUCCUGUUCCGGAUCAAGUGCGCCCAACUGCGAUUCCACGACCAUCACAGAUGCCACCGAGUAUUGCCGAAGCAUUCAAACAGCCGGGAAAUAUCCUUAUGGCGGAGUUACCUCAACCACCUGCAGGCAAUAUGUGAACUGUUUCACGGCUGCUGGUAUUUUCUACGGAAAUGUGUACACCUGUCCCGGACACACCUACUUCGACAGCACCUCAAAACUUUGCACCACCCAAACGCAGGCCAGAUGCUCGGAUACUGUAUCUUGUUUGACUCUGAAUGACCGAUUGCUGCCGUAGAGUGUGGAUUCAAGGGCCUGGGUAUCUUUAUUGCGGUAAUUAACACGGGGCAAGGGUAUCUAAAUCACAUAAAGUGCACUGGAAAAGCCAAGGCUGUGCUGCCGAGAGCCCUAAUUUAAUUGGCUUGUGAGACUUAACUUUAAUGACACUACCAUGAGUGAUACAAAUGGCUCUAAUGUAUU